ACAGGACUCACCUCACCACUUCAUUUUUCAUUCAGAAGAUUUCUGAUCAAGUCUUAAAGAGAUCGGGAAUGUUGGUUAGAGAAAUGGCUGAGAUGCAACAAUUAAACACAUGGGAAGGCUAUGUAGAUUGGAGGAAUAAACCAGCCAUGAAAGCCCGUCAUGGUGGUUUGCUUGCUGCCUCGUUUGUACUAGUUGUGGAGGUGCUCGAGAACUUGGCAUACCUGGCCAAUGCAAGUAACCUUGUACUCUAUCUGACAAAAUUCAUGCAUUUUUCUCCGUCCAGUUCAGCAAACAUUGUUACCAACUUCAUGGGCACAGCCUUCCUCCUUGCUCUCCUUGGAGGUUUCUUAGCCGAUGCUUUCUACACAACUUUCUGCAUCUAUCUGAUAAGUGCCACAAUAGAAUUCAUGGGCCUGCUAAUACUCACAAUACAAGCCCACACACCCUCUUUGAAGCCAGCAUUCUGCACGUUUGCCCAUGGAAACACUCCAUGCAAGCAACUUCAUGGGGGAAAAGCAGUGCUACUGUUUGCAGGCCUCUAUCUGGUCGCACUGGGUGUUGGUGGAAUAAAAGGUUCUCUUCCUCCACAUGGAGCAGAGCAGUUUGACGAGAAUACACCAAAGGGAAGGAAACAGAGAUCGAGCUUCUUCAACUACUUUGUGUUCUCCCUCUCUUGUGGAGCUCUAAUUGCUGUGACUUUUGUGGUGUGGGUAGAAGACAAUAAAGGAUGGCAAUGGGGUUUUGGGAUCGCCACAGCAACAAUAUUGCUCUCCAUCCCAAUCUUCCUCCUUGGCUCUCCAACCUACAGAACCAAAAUUCCAGCAGGAAGCCCUAUUACCACAAUAUUCAAGGUUUUGGCUGCAGCAAUUUACAACAGGUGUGUAUCAAGGAAUUCAAGCAAUGUUAUUGCCAGCAUGAACUCAAGCGCAUCAUCCUACCCAACUGAUACCAGUGAGGAAGAAGGUCAUGCCAAAGAAAACACACAAAUUCAAACUGCAACACAAGAGCUAAAGUUUCUAGAUGGAGCAGUGAUGAGGAACCCCAUUCACCCUGCACUAGCAUGCAGUGAAAAACAAGUCGAAGAAGUGAAGAUAGUAAUUAAGGUUCUCCCCAUCUUCAUGUCUACCAUUAUGCUAAAUUGCUGCCUUGCUCAGCUCUCUACCUUCUCAGUCCAACAGGCAGCCAGUAUGAACACCAAAAUCGGCUCCUUAAGGGUUCCACCAGCUUCUCUACCCAUAUUUCCAGUUCUCUUCAUGAUGGUCCUUGCACCAGUCUACAGUCACAUCAUCGUCCCAUUUUCCAGGAAGAUAACCAAGACUGAAAUGGGUGUCACUCACUUACAGAGAAUAGGUACUGGGCUAGUUCUCUCCAUCGUGGCCAUGGCUGUUGCAGCACUUGUAGAAGCAAAGCGAAAGAGAGUAGCAGUUCAAUCCAAUAUGCUGAAUUCCUCCAAACCUCUUCCCAUCACAUUCCUUUGGAUUGCUUUGCAGUACUUGUUCCUGGGGUCAGCUGAUCUUUUUAGCUUGGCUGGCAUGAUGGACUUCUUUUUCACAGAGGCCCCCUUUAGCAUGAGAUCUUUGGCCACAGCUAUGUCCUGGGCUUCCUUAGCAAUGGGAUACUACCUAAGCUCAGUGCUCGUGUCAAUUGUCAAUGGCAUCACUGGUACCUUACAAAACACACCAUGGCUCACUGGAAGCAACUUGAAUCAUUAUCAGCUCAACAGGUUUUACUGGCUACUGUGCGUAUUAAGUGGAUUGAAUUAUUUGCUUUACAUGCUAUGGACUAGCCGCUACAAGUACAGAUCAAUCAGGCCCCAAGAUCAGAGGGAAAACCCAAACAUUAAUUCCUUAGAGGUAUAA